AUCUCCGACACCGGACGCAAGGACACCCACUCCAAGAUCGGAGACAAGCUUCAGCCAGACUCCUCCAAGUCGACCCUCGACAAGGCCGGUGAUGCCAUCACUGGUGCUGCCGACAAGGUUGCUCGCGAUGUCGUCCCUGACUCGCAAAAGUCCACUGGCCAGUCUCUCUCUGACAAGGUCUCGCGCGCCACCGACUAA